UAUUUGUUUGACCCAAUGCGUCAGUGCUGUAUGAUGUGUCAUGUGACCCUAAUAUGAGUGAAAUAGUCAACAUUCCAGGAGUCAAGCUAGCAUAUAAAAGGAUGGCUUUUGCUGUCCUCGGCAUCGAGCAUCAGCGCUGCAAAGGUAACAUAACAACUUUACAUCCGACUUGUCUAUCAUCGCACAGAUGGCAUUUACUCUUGUCGUGUUCUUCGGCCUUUGUGGGAUCAGUGGACUGUUGACUGGAGCCUGGUCUUGGCCUCAUCAUCAUCAUCAUGAUCAUCAUGAUCAUCAUGACAUAGAUGGCUGCUGUCCUCAGGGCUGGACUCAGGUGGAUGAUCACUGUUACAUCUUCCAAUCUGAAGUCAGGACUUUUGCAGAUGCAGAGAGUGUUUGCAACGCUCUUGGCGGGAAUCUGGCCUCCAUCCACAGUUACCUGGAAAAUCUGGCUGUUGCGGGACUGAUUAAAGAAGGGGGUGCGGACUAUGCUUGGAUUGGACUCCAUGAUGCCAUUAAGAAAGGUGACUAUAUUUGGACUGAUGGCACCAACGUUGAAUUCCUCAACUUUGCUCCUGCAGAGCCUAACGGCACUGGUGCCUGUGUUGAGCUUUACGUAGCUGAUUUUACAUUUUUUGAUGAGGAUUGCACCGUAUUCCACCCCUUUGUUUGCACCAGGGAGACCUACCACUGUGGCCACCACUAAUCAGACCUCCUACCAGCAUCUUCUGGAACAAUGUCUUUCAUUGACCACCACGACUCCACUCAGUCCAUAUCAAACUUUACUGGUGUCUUUGUAACUCUGGGUUUACUAUCACAUGUUCUUCAUGUCUUCUACACUGUUCAAUCAUUGGCAGCAGUCGGUCAAACACAUUGGAAACCUCAAAGAUGAUCUCUCUACUAAAGAAAACUGAAAUAAAGAAACCGGUCUGCAGUAAAAAUGUGUCUUGUUUGAGUAUUUCCGUCCUCAG